CACAGCACUUUGCCACAUGCUACAUUGCGACUGACCACAAUACACUUCACCACUUCACAAUGCACUACACAUCAUUUCAUCACACAACACAUUACUACCAGCAGCAGGAAGCUACUAGUAGCUCCUGGCAUUACUACUACCAUAUCACAAUCGCUGCAUUCUGCCGCAUGCAAUUCCAUAUCACCACCGCAGCGCCCUGUGCCACAUCACAUCGCACAGCCAUAAAGUGCAGUCGACCAGUUGGACAUGUGAAAUGCACGUCGUUUCGAGAUGUUGAGCACGCUACCUGGCCUUGGACUGCAUUCAAGCUGGCAUCAAAAAACACUAACACAAGUUGACCGAGGUUGACUUGAGGUCUUUCAGGUGGUUUCCAUGUUGGUCAGGAAGGGAGUACUCUUCGCAUGUCACCUGCCUCAGCUCUCAUUUCUAUACAUCUUUUUUGUCCGCGAGUGCGGUGGUGAGUCUUUGCAUGGCCCAGAGGCAUGAUCGUUAACCCGACAGGCAUGAUCGUUGGCGGGUCGGAUGUACAAGCCUGACUUGCAAAGCCCAGGCCCAAGGUUUUCAGAUCUGGAACAUGCCGGCACGGCUCCUGAGCUAUGGCGUGAUCGUGUGGCUGGCCACCUUGCCCGGUACGUUUGGAGAUGGCGGGGUCCAACGUUGGCCGCACACCCAGGUUCACAUACGACUGACAGGAGAUGAUCUCGAUCCGCAGGAGCAGCAGGCACUGAUUCAGGCAGUGAAAGGACUGGUUGGGGGCCUACAGCUGUGUUUGAUUGCUGUAGAAGUGCUGAUUGGGGGGCUCAUCUAUCACAGUUGUACUAGACGCCCACCCUCACCUUCAGAGAUCCGCCCUUCGGGCGGCAGCGGCUUCGACUAUGGCCUUUGUGAGUGUUGCCAUAGCUGGGAAACCUCGUGCUGGGCAAUUUGGUGUCCCUGGUCCCUUUGGUCUGCCACGGCCAGUUCGCCCAAAAGCAACUUUUGGGCCUUUACCUUUUGGCAAUUUGUAUUCCUUACAAGCGGGUUCUUCUUCUUCGGUGGCCUCCUAAGGGUCUUGAGUCCACUUCUGUGCCUGCUUGUGCUUUUGGGCCACAAGUGGGUUCUGGUGCGGCAUCGCCAACACUUGCGCCAGAAGUACGGCAUGCUCCACAGCACUUGUCUCAGCAUCACGGAAGAUGCGUGCAUCUGGUGCUAUUGCAUUCCAUGUGCUGCUAUGCAAGAGGCUCUGCAGGUGGACUAUGUGGGCGAUCCCUUGAGUGCUCCUCUCACCGCCUCUGCCCCACCUGACCCUCCAAGGCAACUUCAAAUGGUGGGCCAGGUGGUUCGGGUGGAUGGGCGACAGGCCUUCCUGCAAGUACAGUAGAAUUGUGGCAGCUCAGAAACAGGGGAGCGAGCCCUGUUUCCGGGCCGAACUGCCAAGUAUUCGAACCUCCAAAAUACUUGUCAUCUUGUAUAGUCCUUGCGCUCGACCACAAGCAAGUCGGUUUAUUUUCGUCUUCGUUCGUCGAAUCGCCCGCUGUGCAGUUUGGAGACGAAA